AUGGAGAUUGAAAUUUAUGAUGAAUUAAAUAGUAGUGAUUCAUUAAAACAAAUUAAUGGUUUGUCAAAAUUAAAUCAGUUUUGGAUUAAUCAAGGAAGAGAUCCAACUUUAUUUUUUACUUCAAUUAUUAAAUUAAUAUCAGAAACUGAUAAUAAAACAACAAGAAUAUUAUGUUAUAGUAUUUUAAAAAGUUGUAAAUGUACACCAUCAGAUUGGAGUUUAGCAAUACCAUUAUUAGUAAAAGAUUUAAAUUCCGAUGAUAAUGAAGUUGUGAUUAGUAUUUUAAAGACAUUACCACACAUUUCAUCAAUAUUUACAGAGUUAUUAAUGAUGGGAAAUGCAGAUUUUGGACCAUUGGUUAGACAUGGUAAUCCAUCAGUUAGAAAAACAGCAUUGGAUACAUUGACAAGUUUAUUAUUUUAUAGAAAAUCAAUUCUUCAAUCAUAUAAAUCAUUUGUAUCGACAGGUUGGGAGUUAAUAGUUGAUAGAAUUUUAGAGGAACCAAUACCAAUGGUUUACCAAUCAAGUUUUAGUGCAAUCAGUUCAUUAUUCUCUGAGAUCUCAAGAUCAGUUUCACAUUCUGAUGAAUUGGAUAAUAGUGUACAAAAGAGACAAGUACUCUCUUAUUAUGCCGAUUGGAUCUCUUUGAAAUUAAUUGAUCAUUUCGAUCUAUUACUUAAUCGUGCUCAACAUAUUGAUAUUAAUCAACGUCAUUCAACUGUAAAUACUUUAACUUAUUUAGUUGAUACAAUUUCAAGAUCAAGUGGUACACCAUUUUGGCCAACAAGUUUUGAUAAUAAUAAUAAUAAUAAUAAUAAUCAACAAAUUAAUAAUAAUAAUAAUAAUAAUAAUAAUAAUAAUAAUAAUAAUAAUAAUAAUAAUAAUAAUAAUAAUAAUAAUAAUAAUAAUAAUAAUCAAAAUAAUUUAAUAAAUGGUAUAUCAUCAAUGAAUUUAUCAUCAAUUACAGGUACAACUACAACAACUACGACAACAGGUAAUUCACCAAUAACAUCACCAACAUCACCAACAUCAAUAAUAGCAAAUACAGCAUCAUCAAAUAAAACUAAACAAAUUUCAUCACCACAAAAUAUUGUAUCAAUAUUGGUUGAAUACUUUUUAUCACAAUUAGAUUCAUCAAAUGAUUCAUUGGUAUUUGCAGUUGGUAAAGCAAUAUUGGAUCUAUUAUUAACUCAACAAAAUCAACAUAAUGAAAAUUGGAUUAAUCCAGUGUUAACUGCAUUCAUUGGUCUGUUACGUAGAGAAGGUGUAUCAUUAAAUCCACUACCUAUUCUAUUGGCGAUUAUGAGUGUUUUACCAAUGUUGGGUGAUGAUUUAUUAUUUUGUACACUUAGUCGUAUUUUCCCAUCAAUAAAAUCCAUAACAGAUUCAAAUCAACGUGUUAGUUAUUUAAUUCGUACCUUUGAAUUAAUAAUUGAUAGACAUGUUACAUCCUCUGGUAAAAGUUCAUUAUUUACACCAUUAAUGACAACCGAUUGUCUUUUAAUGGCUUUUCAAGAUGAAUCUAGUAGUUUCCGUGAAGAAAUAAUCGUAUCAAUGGUUGCAAGUCAUCAUAAUAUUCUUUCAAAAUAUAUUGAAAUUGAAUCAGAGAAAAAUUCAAACAAUAACAAUAGCAGCAGUGGCAAUAGUGGUGGUGGUAGUGGUGGUUCAGUUAAAUUCUCAACAUCUGGUAAUUUAUUUUAUUUACAUCAAGCUGCAUUAAAUAUUUCAGAGGUUUGUUUGAAAUGUAUUACAUGGCAAAGUGAAAGAAUUUCAGCAAUUGAAUAUUGUAUUAGAUUUGUUGAUUGGUUAUGUAGAGUAACUUUAUCAAGCAGCAGCAGCAGCAAUAAUAGUGGUAAUGGUAGUGAAUCACAAUAUGGUAUAAAAUUAAUAUCAUUAUUACGUAGUGAUUUAUUAGAUCAAAUUAAUAAGAUACCAUCAGAUUAUAUUUGCCUACAAGCAGUAUUCUUAAUUUGUACACAUUUAUUAAGAUCACCAACAAAUAAAGUUUAUGAACAAUCAGAUGCAGGUUUAUUAAUUAGUUUAUUAAGACGUCGUUUCCUUUUCUUGGAUAAUCAACCAAAGUUCACUCAAUACAAUGGUAACAUUAGGGAUAUGAUUAUGGGUGUAUCGCAAUUUGGUAGAGUAUCACCUGCAUCACUUCACUCAUUAAGUGGCUAUUGGUUGGGUGCUUUGGAGUGUCUUUAUCUAAUGGGGUUACAUAUUCCAUCGGUUGAAGCAACGGUUCAACGUACACUCGAGGAGAUAUUGGCAACUUAUCCUCAUAAUAAAUCGGUUUAUUCACGUGCACGUUUCAUUCGUAGAAUGUUAUUCUCAAGUACCAGUAGUGCAUUGGAUGCACAAUCACUUGGAAAAUAUAGUACAAUUAGAAAUUUAAAUAGCUUUACCAAUUAUACCAUCGAUUUCUCAUAUUGUAUCCCAAUUGAACAGUUGGAGGCCUCGAAUUCACUUCACUCGAUUUCCGAUAUUUUUGCAUACGAAUGUAAGAAAGCAAUCACUGGUUUGGUUGGUGUGCAUUAUGGUUCAUCAAUUCGUGAUAAAUCAUCAAGAGAUGUGACUUUAAUUAGUGGUGCAAGUGAUCCAGUUUGGAUUGAAGUUAGUCAUACAACUCAUCCAACAUUAAAUACCAUCACUUUACAUGUUCAAGUUACAAAUGUCAUUCAUUUUAGUAUUAAAAAUGUAAAUAUAAUGAUUGGAUUAUCUGGUCAUUUGGAUUUCCCUUAUCCUCAAACCAAUUGUAAACAUAAUAUUCCAAAACUUUUACCAGAGAAAUCUUAUAGUUUCGAAGUACCUCUAAAUGUUUCAAGUUUAGAUUAUAAUUUAGUUACUUUUAAAUUAACUUUUAAUCAACCAAGUGGUCUUUGUGAAUCUGAAAAUAAUAUUAAUUUAAAUAAUAUUCAUACUAAAAUUAAUAAUUAUCAACAAUCUUCUGAUCAAUUAUUAGUUCAAUCAAUUCAACAACAACAACAACAACAACAAUCAUCAUCACAACAACAAUCACAACAAUCACAACAACAACAAUACCAACCACAACCAAUUUCAAGUGUUAAUUCUGGUUUAUCAUCAUAUAGUUUAAAUUCAAAUAAUAGUGGUAGUUUAAAUAGUAGUGCAAAUAGUCAUUCGAUUUCAACUAGUGCAGUUGGUUCACCUGGUACUGCUAGUUUUAUAUCUUCUUCACUUUUAUCAAACGCUCAAAGUUCUUCACCAACAACUUCUUCACCAUUAUCAAAUGUUAUUAAUCAAAAUAUUAUAUCGUCAUCAUCAUCAUCAUCAUCAAAUGCUAAUCAAAUAACCUCAACAACAACACCAUCAUCAACUACAAAUUCAAAUAAUAAUACUACAUCAUCAUCAUCAUCAACAAAUCCAAAUCCAAAUCCAAAUUCACAUACAAAUUUAAAUAGUAUAGUUGGAUCAGGUAUAAAUCAACCAAUUAUUAAUAAUCAAAUUAUUCAAUCAUUAUCAAUUACAACUAAUAACCCAAGUGCAAAUAUUAUUCAAUUCUCACCUAUUGAAAUUAGAUGUUCAGAUUAUAUUUUUGAUUGGAAUCAAUUUUUAAUUCCAUUUAAAUAUAAUAAACAUCAAUUCAUUCAACAAUGGCCAAGAUUUGAAGCUGUGUUUUCAAUUGAUGUUGUAUUUGAAGGUUUCGUUUCUGUUGCUUCAAUCUUUGAUUGCCUAAGUGCUUUACCAUUGCAUAAUGUUUUAAAUAGUGAAUUUGGUAAUUCAAAUUUCCAUUUUGCAUUCUCUUCUUCAACUUGGUUCAAUGAACAAUUUUGUUUCACAAUCUCUGGUAUGGAGAAAUGCUUAUCAUUCCCAGAGGAUUACAGUAUCUAUUAUACCUCUCCAAAUGGUCAAAGUUUACCAAAGUAUAAGGUUUACCAUGCUAGAUUCGAAUUUAGAUCUUCAAGUUCAAGUCUUUUGGCUUCCUUUGAAUCAAUCAUUGACCAAUGGAUUAAUAAAUUACCAAGACCAACCUCUGAUCAAUUCAUUGCUAGACUAUUGGCUCCUGAUGAAAAAUCGUUAUUCUCUAUCACAAAUAUCACUCAAGAUUAUCAAGCUCCAAAGAAUCAUCAAUCCUUAGCAAAUACUCCUUUAUCAAAUAUUGUUGAUGAUGAAAUCGCUCUCUUAAAUCAAUGGAAAGAUUUUAAAAAAUCUCAAGAACAAACUAAAAAAUUAUUCUCUCAAUUGGCUUUAGAUCAAGAUUUUUAUUAA